AUGUCUACUCUUGAAAUGCACCAUGGUACAUUUCUUGAACUUGCGCUAACCGUUCCACACCUAGCUAACGCAAAUUCCCCGAGCUCGCACUGCGGUUUGAGCCCAGUUACAUCAGUUACCGCAGAACUGACAUCCAGGAUGUGCACACAGCUAAACAUCCCUACAAAACUCCAGGAUGUGCACACAGCUAAACAUCCAUACAAAACUCCAGGAUGUGCACACAGCUAA